CAUGCUUCUCCCUCGACUUCGCGCAUUCCCGCCACUGUCCUAUCGCUGACACUUGUGCCCUUCCAGAUUUGGGCUGCGGCCAUGGGAUUCGCCAUUGCAAGUGCACUGCGUCUGUCAACUCGGCUGACAUCCCAAGCAAGCUCGUCGCCGUCGUCAUCCUCCUCCGGCCUCCUGCUUCUCUAUCUAUCGACCUCCUCGCUGCUGGCGCACGCAGCCUCUCCCCGAACCGCCAGCUUUCAGUCGCAGAGAACUCUCUCUUCACUGCCAACAUGUCCGAUCAACAAGGCCACGUGCCCCGCGAUUUCAGGCGUUCGCUCCUUCCACUCUUCCUCGCACAAUUGGAGUAGCACCACCCAAUUCUCGUAUCACGUAGCCGCGUCAUAUUCAGCAAAGGGUAACAGGUUCAAUGCGGACAAGAAUACCUUCACGAGGGAUGUUUUCGAUCCCGCCGAGAGCGGCUUCCUGAGCUUUAAGGAGUGCAAAGCUUCCUCGGGUAAGCGAGCGCGACCGAAAAGUGGACAAGAUGCAUUCUUUUUCAGCCAGGUUGGGACCACACGAACUACAGCAUUUGGGGUGGCGGACGGCGUUGGCGGCUGGGUUGAGUCUGGUGUGGACCCUGCCGACUUCUCACACGGGCUGUGCGAGUACAUGGCUUGCGCCGCUCGAAUGUGGCCACAGGGAGCUAGGUCGAAUUCGUUACAUCCGAAAGACCUGCUCCAGGCGGGGUACGACGAGGUCAUGGUGGACCGUGGGAUUGUCGGUGGUGGCAGCACAGCAUGUCUCGCUGUCGCAGAACCAGAUGGGAAUGUCGAAGUGGCCAACCUCGGCGAUUCUGGCUUCAUGCAUUUGGGGUUGAACGCUGUGCGACACUUCACUCAACCACAGACUCAUGCCUUCAACACUCCAUACCAGCUCUCUAAAACCCCAGAACGCAUGUUGGUCCAGAUGGCGGUAUUCGGGGGUACAAGCGCCCUAUCUGACCUUCCAAAGGAGUCGAAUGUAACACAUCACCUAGUACGCCAUGGUGAUGUGCUCAUUUUCGCUACGGACGGAGUGUGGGACAAUCUGAGCCCGCAGGAUGCGCUGAGCAUUGUGAGCCGCUCUAUGAUCGAUCUUGGUGCUUGGGAAGAGAAAGACGGCGUUCUGGAGGUUGGCCCUGACCUGCCCAAAUUAACCCAAGCCACACGGGAUCGUAAAGCUGACAACGACUCCCUCCAAGCCAAACUCGCCAUUGCUAUUGCGAAAGAGGCCAAAGAGACUAGUCUCAACACCCGACGAGACGGUCCGUUUGCGAAAGAGGUACAGAAGAACUUCCCCGUGCAAGAUAACGAACCGAUGUUCAAAUAA